UGCCGCGGAGCAGCUCCCCUUCUCUUUCCGUGCCUGGUUGCCCUGGGCAACGGCGCUUUCCCUCUUCUUCAUCCUCCACCCGGUAUCAUGUCUGGGGACCAAGUGGGCAGCCUCUGCGAGCAGUUGGUGAAGGCGGUCACGGUGAUGAUGGACCCGGCCUCCACGCAGCGAUACCGCCUGGAAGCCCUCAAGUUCUGUGAAGAAUUUAAGGAGAAGUGUCCAAUAUGUGUUCCAUGUGGACUGAAGCUGGCAGAGAAAACCCAGAUUGCUAUUGUCCGGCACUUUGGUCUUCAGAUCCUGGAGCAUGUAGUGAAGUUCCGAUGGAACAGUAUGGGUCGGCUUGAGAAAGUCUAUUUGAAGAACAAUGUCAUGGGACUCAUAUCCAGUGGUACCCAGAAUAUUUUAGAGGAAGAAAGUCACAUUAAGGAUGUUCUCUCUCGCAUUGUAGUAGAGAUGAUCAAACGUGAAUGGCCCCAGCACUGGCCUGACAUGUUAAAAGAGCUGGAUACACUCUCCAAGCAAGGGGAAACCCAGACAGAACUGGUGAUGUUUAUCCUUCUUCGCUUGGCAGAAGAUGUAGUGACUUUUCAGACACUGCCAGCCCAGCGCCGACGGGAUAUCCAGCAAACUCUCACCCAGAAUAUGGAAAAGAUCUUUAGCUUCCUGCUCAACACCCUUCAGCAGAAUGUUAACAAAUACAGACGCAUGGUUGAAGUGCCCCAGGAACAAGAUGCCCUCUCUCCUCCACAGAAGAUGGAUGUAUCUCAGGAACCAAAAGCACAAGCUAACUGUCGAGUGGGGACAGCAGCGCUGAACACACUGGCUGGCUAUAUUGACUGGGUGGCUAUGAGCCAUAUCACAGCAGAUAAUUGCAAGCUCUUAGAAAUGCUGUGCCUUCUCUUGAACGAGCCAGAGCUCCAAGUGGGAGCAGCGGAAUGCCUCUUGAUUGUAGUCAGCAGGAAAGGAAAGCUGGAGGACCGCAAGCCUUUGAUGGUUUUGUUUGGGGACGUUGCCAUGCAUUACAUCCUCUCUGCUGCCCAGACAGCAGAUGGAGAAGGCCUGGUAGAGAAACACUAUGUUUUCUUGAAGAGACUUUGCCAAGUCCUAUGUUCUUUAGGCAGCCAGCUAUGUGCAUUGGUGGGCUCUGAUCCAGAUGUGGAAACACCAGCCAACUUUGGGAAAUACCUUGAAUCAUUUCUAGCUUUUACAACCCAUCCUAGCCAGUUCUUACGCUCUUCCACCCAGAUAACGUGGGGAGCUCUUUUUCGGCAUGAAGUCCUAUCACGUGAUCCUGUAUUGCUGGCUAUGAUCCCAAAAUAUCUGCAGGCAUCAAUGACUAAUGUAGUGAAGGUGGGUUUUCCUUCCAAGACUGACAGUCCCAGUUGUGAAUAUUCUCGUUUUGACUUUGACAGUGAUGAAGAUUUUAACUACUUCUUCAACUCUUUCCGUGCCCAGCAAGGAGAGAUGAUAAGGAUGGCAUGUCGCCUGGACACUCGAACUGGUUUUCAAAUGGCUGGGGAGUGGUUGAAAUACCAACUAUCCUCUCCGGUUGAUAUUGGCCCCAUGAACUCUAAAACUGGUGAAGGCCUUUGUUCCAUCUUUUCUCCUUCCUUCGUGCAAUGGGAUGCUAUGACCUUUUUCUUGGAGAGCGUUAUUAGCCCAAUGUUCCGGACUCUGGAUAAGGAAGAGAUCCCAGUGUCUGAUGGCAUAGAGCUGCUGCAGCUGGUUCUGAGUUUUGAAACAAAGGAUCCACUCAUCUUGUCUUGCGUUCUGUCUAAUGUUUCUGCACUCUUUCCAUUUGUCACUUACAGGCCAGAAUACCUGCCAGAAGUUCUCUCCAAGCUGUUUGCCUCUGUUACCUUUGAGGUUGUAGAAGAAAGUAAGGCCCCAAGAACCCGUGCAGUGAAGAAUGUGAGAAGACAUGCUUGCUCUUCAAUCAUAAAGAUGUGUCGAGAUUACCCUCAGCUUGUCCUGCCAAACUUUGAUAUGCUAUAUAAUCAUGUGAAACAGUUGUUAUCCAAUGAGCUGCUUCUGACUCAGAUGGAGAAAUGUGCUCUCAUGGAAGCCCUAGUCCUUAUCAGCAACCAGUUCAAGGAUUAUCAGCAGCAGAAAGUUUUUUUGGAAGAGCUCAUGUCUCCUGUUGCUACCCUUUGGCUGUCUGAGGAGAUGAAAAGAGUCUUGAUGAAUCCUGAAGACUUUAUCCACUAUGUUGGCGCUGAUAAUAAAAUAGCAGAUCCAGUCAUGGAAGAUCCCUGUGGUCUCAACCGUUCAAGAAUAAGCUUUUGUGUGUACACCAUUUUGGGAGUUGUAAAACGUGCACGUUGGCCCGCUUCACUGGAAGAGGCAAAGGCUGGAGGAUUUGUGGUUGGGUACAUGCCUAAUGGCAAUCCUAUCUAUCGUAACCCUUGCUCUGUUCAGGUCCUGAAACUUCUUGACAACUUGCUUGCUCUCAUAAGGACCCACAACAAUCUGUACAUGCCGGAGAUGGUGGCUAAAUUGGGGGAAACUUUUGCAAAGGCCUUGGACAUGCUGGAAGUUGAGAAAAAUGCAAUCCUAGGCCUUCCUCAGCCUUUGCUGGAGCUUUAUGAUUCUCCUGUUUACAAAACGGUCUUGGAAAGAAUGCAGGGCUUUUUCUGUGCCUUGUAUGACAACUGCUUCCACAUUCUGGGGAAUGCCGGCUCAUCAAUGCAGCAAGAUUUCUACACAGUCAAUGGCCUAGCAGCUGAGCUUCUUAAUUCUGCCUUUGUCAAUCUUAACAAUAUACCUGACUACAGACUCCGCCCUAUGCUUCGUGUGUUUGUGAAACCCUUGGUCCUCUCUUGCCCCCCAGAACACUAUGAAACUCUUAUUUGUCCUAUACUUGGGCCACUCUUCACCUACUUACAUAUGAGGCUGUCCCAGAAAUGGCAGGUCAUCAACCAGCGGAGUCUGCUUUGCGAUGAGGACACAGCUGAUGACAACCCAGAAUCUCAAGAGAUGUUGGAGGAACAGCUGGUCAGGCUGCUUACCCGAGAAGUCAUGGACUUGAUCACUGUUUGCUGUGUCUCAAAGAAGGGUGCUGAGCAGAAUAAUGCUGUUGCUGCAGAUGGAGAUGAUGAGGAAAUGAUGUCCACUGAGGUCUCCCCACCAUCCAGCUCUGAGCUCACUGAACUGGGCAAGUGUUUGAUGAAGCAAGAGGAUGUUUGCACUGCUCUACUGAUGACAGCCUUCACAUCCCUUUCCUGGAAGGAUACCCUGUCCUGCCAAAGAACCACCACCCAACUCUGCUGGCCACUGCUCAAACAGGUCAUCAGUGGGACCUUGAUCCCUGAUGCAGUCAUCUGGUUUUUUACAAGCGUGCUGAAAGGGUUACAGAUGCAUGGGCAACAUGAUGGCUGUAUGGCAGCUCUUGUUCACUUGGCUUUCCAGAUCUAUGAAGCUUUGCGUCCACGCUAUGCUGAACUGAAGGCAGUGAUGGAACAGGUUCCAGAAAUUCAAGAAGACUCCUUGGAGCAAUUUGAUUCCAAGCUACUCAACCCAACACUGCAGAAAGCUGCAGACAAGCGCCGGAAGGAUAAUUUCAAACGCCUGAUUGCAGGUUGUGUUGGGAAGCCUCUAGGAGAGCAGUUCCGCAAGGAAGUUCAUAUCAGAAAUCUGCCAUCUGUUUUCAAAAAAGUGAAACUACCUGUAGAGGCAGAUACAUUGGAUAACAGUGAAGAUGGACCCCUCGUUGCACUCUUUGAGCCAUAAACUCAGAACGCUUCCAUUACACCGGCCCCAUUGUAUGGUGUGCUCAUUCACAAUAGUCAGUUGUUUACUUUGCUCUUUUGAGAGCUUAUUCUUACUAGCCUCAUCCCUUUUCUGGUUGGGAGAUGGGAUGGGAACUGCACACUCAGUGUAAAUCUCUGAUUUUUCCUCAACUUUAGUGUACAACUUGUUUUUCCUUGGACAGAGCCCAGCUAUGCAGCAUGAACGCCUUAGUUCAGCUUGGGCUGGUCCUCUAGGAACCAACCUCCCCCUCAAACACACAAUGCUUUACCCAUGAAGGAAGCAUGACGACAGAUCCCUAGUCUUUAUCAUUUCUCAUUCAGAAUAUUUACACUGUGAUUGCCUUGAUGUGACGCUAACACAGACAUCAUUCUGCUUUUCUUUUGGAAAGGACCAGAUAUCUACCAAUAGCAAGGAGAGUUCAGUAAGAAAUUACUUCUGUUGUCCAUUUGAUACAGCCAUGCCUUCAGAGGUCUAGACUUCAGUUUGCUUGUGUAGCAGCUGACUUGGGACAUAAAAUUGCCUACUUUUUCAGUUUGAAGUCACUCAGUGCUGUGUAACAAUGAGAAGACUGUUACUUAAACUGCUACAGUAGUUUGUGGAAGUCUAAGAAAAUUUUACUGAAACAAGGUACAUUUUAAGAGGCUUUAGUGUGCCUAACCUGAGCAAAGUGGAUAGCAUUUGAAAUCACAUUCAGAUCCUUACUUCUAGCAAGAUUUUACCGGGACCUUUUUGUAUCUGUUGUGCCCCAAUAGUCCCUUCAGUGACUUUUUAAAAAAACAUAAAUCCCAUGACAAAUACCUCUUUUGUCUGGGAGAGGCCGCUUGUAUUUAUUGUGUUGUGAUUUUUAAAAAAUUUCCUGUGAUCAUGAACAUUUAACAUUUUAGCUGGUUUGUUGUAGGGAUGUUCUAUCUAUAGAUGUUUCUGAACCAACUGUGAUACACCUGCAUGUCAGUAAAGUUCUUUCAGUUUAUACAUACA